AUGUCUUUCAUCGGCCUCAACCUAACAAACAACUAUUCUCUCUACGCUGUUCCGGCCGCAUGGAUAAUCGCUUUCGCGCCGCAUUUCUAUGCUGUCACAGUUUUCAACAGUGAAAGGGCUCCUGGUACGCCAGAAUGGGAUAAUCGGGAACCCCACUCAAAUCUUGCUAAAUUGAAAGAAGCAAAGCUUUCACCUAACGCGCACGGGAUAUACACUCGUGCCGAAGCUGCUCAACAAAACGGUUUCCAAAACUUGCCUUUGUUUGCCGCUGCUGUUCUUGCCGGGAACUUUGCCAGACUCUCACCUUCUACUUUGAACACUACUGCGGCACUUUACUUGGUUUCGAGAAUCAUUUAUAACGUAGUUUACAUCACAAAUACCACAAAAUCUACCGCCAACGUGAGAUCGGUCGUCUUUGUCAGCGGUGUGAUCACUCUCAUGAGUCUUUUCGUCAAGGCUGGAAAUAAGCUGUUUUAA